GACAGGACGCAGAGAGGCGCCGGGUCAACGCGCCAGGUAGCAACGCCUCAGGACAGCCGUCGACGUCGUCCUUGCCGUCGUCCUUGCCGUCGUCUCUGCCGUUGUCCUUGUCGCAGCCUUCGAGGCCGACUUGGCCGUCAUCGUUCGCGGCCAGGAAGCGUACACUUGCACACACACACAUACACACACACACACACUCAUACGCGCGCAUAAGCACUCAAAGACAGACAAACACGUACGACCGCACACACAAUAAUACACACUACAUCCGCUUUCUAUUUUACAAAGACACGUACACGUACUUACACGACCCUCGCACGCGUUACAUAGGGAAACGAGGUAAAAUCGGCGGCGAACAUGAGGUCCUUAAACGCAGCAUCCUGGAGCUUCGUCUUUCUCGCGGCCACGGUGGCUUUGCUGCCUGCCACUCAUUGGGCACCCUUCGCGCACGCUGCAACCGGCGGCGGUAGUAUGCUGGGGGACGUCAACAUCUCAGCGAUACUGGACUCCUUUUCCGUCAGUUACGAUAAAAGAGUAAGGCCGAACUACGGAGGUCCGCCCGUGGAAGUCGGAGUCACCAUGUAUGUCCUCAGCAUCAGCUCCGUGUCCGAAGUGUUGAUGGACUUUACGUUGGAUUUUUACUUUCGACAAUUCUGGACGGAUCCACGACUCGCCUUCACGCAACAAAAAGGCGUCGAGACGCUCAGCGUCGGUUCCGAGUUCAUCAAGAACAUCUGGGUACCGGAUACGUUCUUCGUGAACGAGAAGCAGUCCUACUUUCACAUUGCUACCACCAGCAACGAGUUCAUUCGUAUUCACCAUUCCGGGAGCAUCACACGUAGCAUACGCUUAACGAUUACGGCAUCGUGUCCAAUGAACUUACAAUACUUCCCGAUGGAUCGUCAACUCUGUCAUAUCGAGAUCGAGAGCUUUGGAUACACAAUGCGCGAUAUUCGGUACAAAUGGAACGCCGGCCUACUGUCGGUCGGCAUCUCGAACGAGGUGGAACUACCGCAGUUUCGCGUGCUCGGUCACAGGCAACGACAGACAACCAUACACCUAUCUACAGUCGGAUACACGAUGAGGGACAUCCGGUACAAGUGGAACGAGGGUGCUGACAGCGUCGGUGUCAGCAACGAGGUCUCCCUCCCACAGUUCAAGGUCCUCGGGCAUAGGCAGCGAGCUAUGGAGAUUAGUCUUACCACCGGAAAUUACUCGCGGCUGGCCUGCGAGAUCCAGUUCGUACGGUCGAUGGGCUACUACCUGAUCCAGAUCUACAUACCCUCCGGGUUGAUCGUCAUAAUAUCGUGGGUGAGCUUUUGGCUAAACCGAAACGCGACCCCCGCUCGGGUGGCCCUCGGAGUAACCACUGUGCUCACUAUGACGACCCUAAUGUCCUCGACGAACGCGGCGCUACCAAAGAUCUCCUACGUCAAGUCCAUCGACGUCUAUCUGGGCACCUGCUUCGUCAUGGUCUUUGCCUCGUUGCUCGAAUACGCCACGGUGGGUUACAUGGCAAAGAGGAUUCAAAUGCGGAAGAACCGCUUCCAGAAGAUAGCGGAAAGCAUGAAAGCGGCGAGGGAAAAUCCAGGACCACCGGGUGUACCCGGUGAUCAUGGUGAUCACGCUCCUAAGCAAACUUGGUCCCGUGUUGUCCAGGAGGUGCGGUUCAAGGUGCACGACCCGAAGGCACACAGCAAAGGUGGCACGCUCGAAAACACCAUUAAUGGUCGGGCCGACGAGGAAGCCCCGCCUGCACCACAACAUCUCAUUCAUCCUGGCAAAGAUAUUAGCAAACUUUAUGGCAUAACGCCAUCAGACAUCGACAAGUAUUCCCGCAUCGUAUUCCCGGUGUGCUUCGUUUGCUUCAACCUGAUGUACUGGGUCAUUUACCUGCAUAUAAGUGACGUAGUCGCGGACGACCUGGUGCUGUUGAAGGAGGCGAAGUAGAGCACGGGGACGUCGGCUGCUGUAUCGCGGCUCGUAGCGACGAAAGAACGGAUGAAGAGGAAAAGAAAGAUGAAGGAAACUCGCACGAAAGGACGAGCACGGAAGGACGAAAGCGAAAUAAAAAAAAAGAACAAACAAAAUACGUGCUCGGACGAGUGCGAGUUCGUCAACGGCCAUUUCCUCUCGUACUGGUACGAAAUCCAGAAUCCGUUCUCGUCGCAUCGAAUCGACGUUACUUAAUUGAACUCUUUCAUAUUACGAACUAUUUAAAACGCACGACGCGCGAUACGUGAAAAACGCGCUUACUUAUAUCGCGAUGAUAUACAUUAACGGUAACGAAGAAUGAAAGUGGUGCGAACGAGAUAAUUGCUCGAAUUGAAGAUUAACAAAAGAGAAAGAAGAAAUUGAAUAUAAAAAGGGACGAUCUUUCGAGCAAGUGGAAAUGCGUCGUACUAGGCGCGAUCAUUAAUAUACCUUAAACAUUGCCAGUUUAGGUAAUUCUUUAGGUCUUAAUAAGGAGACCUUCCAUAUACAUAUACAUACAUAUACAUAUACAUACAUAUAUAUAUAUAUAUAUAUAUAUGUAUAUAUAUGUAUAUGUAUAUAUAUGUAUACAUAUAUAUAUAUAUAUAACAAUAUAUAUAUAUAUAUAUAUAUAUAUAUAUAUAACAAAUUUGUCAAUUUAGCUACUAUUAUAAAAUAGUAAAGUUAAUUAAUGAUAAAACAAAGAAAAAGAGAAAGACGAAAAAAGCUUCAAAUAUCGUCGGCUCGGAGCAACGCGUCGACGUACAGAAACAACUUCAGAGAGAUCUAGAAGGGGAGAUCGAAGAUCGAAGAUCAAGACAUUCGAACGUCGAUUUCGCGACGACAUCGCUGCUGGCUCUCGGAGAGAAGAAUGAAGAAGAGGUAGCUACUACAAAUUCAUAGAAUACACACAAACACACACACACACAAUUAUAAAUACAUGAUAUAAAAAAAGUUACGGUGCGAGCGAGUCAACGCGAGUGUCUUUUUGCGAAUAUGCAGAAAAGACAAACGUUAACGGAGCGAGGGAUAAAAAGAAUAUACAUAUAAAUAAUUAAUCUCGUCGGUGAUCGGUCGCACAAUUCGUAUUAUUGUUUUAUGUGACUAUAUACUUUUAUUGCAUUUGUACACUCAGCAUUCCAUCAAAUAAACCGAUUUUUCGCGAUCACCUCAAUCGCCUGCUUUCUCAUAAAAUUGGAUAGAAAUCGAAUCACUUAUUACUAUCCGACUCGAUAUUUUCCUUUCAUUCAUUUAACUAUGCGCAGCAAUGCAUAAAGAAACGAAAGAAAAAAAACGUCAUUGGAAAGAACGCAAUUCCUUUAGUAGAGAUGCCUCUUUUCUACUAUCCCUCGCCACACUCGGAAACUGCUGUACCUGUAGUAUGUUUUCUCAGAGUUAAUUAAUGAUGAUUGUAUGCCGUUCCACUUCCUUCUUUCGACUCUCCAUCCUUCCUCCGCUCGCCUUUUUCUACUUCGUUCGAGAGGAACAUGCAGAGUAGCGCGUAUACGCACUCACAUAUACAUUAACGUGUAUGCGCCAAUGGAAAAAAGAGAGACAAACGUGGAAAGGCGUGCGCACUAGGAGAGGGAAGAGAGAGAGAGAGAGAGAGAGAGAGAGAGAGAGAGAGAGAGAGUCGCCAAUUCAGUAAUCUACGUGCACUCUCCCUUCUCUCUCUUUCUUUUUCCCUCCUGCUGUUUUCCACUUUUUCCAGCCCUUACACUCUUUCUAUAUAUUCAUCUCUCUCGAUCCACAAGGGGUAGGUAGCUGGCUGCAGCCUGGGUCGUGGAAGCUUGCCAUUCAGGAUAUCGACCAGCUGACACGCCCAGCCUUCCCCCGGUCUUCCCCUUCGCUCCAUCCCUCUCUUUCUAUCCUCUCUCCAUCUACAUAACGUUCUAUCCUUCUCUCUCGCUCUUUCUCUUCUUCGGGGCGCCCUACACCCUCCACAACCUUCCUCCACGAUCACCAAACAGUUCAUUUGCCAAACGCUCCUACCAGUCGUGCAUUUAAUAAGGCAUCCUUUGUUCUUGUGUACCUUACGAGAAAGAAAAAGAAAAAGAAAUAGAGGGGAGGAGAGGGGGAGAGAGAGGGAGGAUGCGUCCCUUCUCUGUCGACAUUCGAUACAAGUAUCCGAAAAAAACGACCAUAAAGUGCUAAAUGUAUGAUUAACAGAAUCUUUAACAUUACAUUUGGAAUCUAAAUUAUUAUUUUUGAUCAAUAUGCGGUACGUAUUAAAUUGCUUCAUUAAUUGGCAAUUAAUUGUUGGAUGAAAUGAAUGAAUCGCGACCGAUCGUCGAACACGAUUGUGAAAAAUUAUCUUCGAUGUAGAAACGUACUAUUUUGUUCUCUCUUUGAUGAUUUUCCAAUCCCUUCGCCCGUCCGAACUCGCAUCGUUCUCGAGAUAUUAAUGAAUUUUUGCAAAUUCGUUUCUCGGGCAAAAAGAUCUCGGAGUCAAUAGGAAAGCAGAGCGCGAUGCUUUGAACGUUAGAACGAUAGAACGAGGGUUGAUAACGAUCGCCCAGGUAAUUAACGAGUCGGCCGAAUUAUCGUCGCGCGAUAAGAAAGGCGGUCAAAUAAUCGAUAUAUCAAGACGCGUAUUACCACGGCCGAGCACGUUGUCGGAGAAUACGAGAGGUACCUAACUUAGUUUCUACCUCCUUUAAGAAAAAAAAAGAAAAAAGAAAA